GGACAGCAGGAGAGAUAAUGGAGCCCUUUCAUUGAGUUUCAGGUGCGGGAGUGAGAAACAGGAAGUGUCCGAAGAAGACACAGCUGGAACACCCAGGGAGUAUCUGUCGGAAGGUCGCUACCAUGUCAAAUGAUGUCCGAUACUGCGAGAGGAUCUCGUACCUCUUUCUUAAGUUCACGCUCAUCGCCUACUCUACCAUCUUUUGGCUGAUUGGGGCCUUCAUCCUGGCCAUCGGCAUCUAUGCAGAGGUGGAGCGGCAGAGGUACAAGACGUUAGAGGGGGUGUUCCUGGCCCCUGCAAUCAUCCUCAUUCUCCUGGGUGUGGUCAUGUUCGUUGUGUCUUUCAUCGGUGUGUUGGCCUCCCUCAGAGACAACCUGUGCCUUCUCAAAGUGUUCCUGUACACCCUGACCGUCUGUCUGAUGCUGGAGUUGCUGGGUGGGAUUGUGGCCCUCGUGUUCAGACACAAGACAGUUGACCUCCUAAAUAAAAACAUUCGUAAGGGGAUGGUGAACUAUUAUGAUGACCUGGAUUUCAAGAACAUUAUGGAUUUUGUUCAGCGAAAGUUCAAGUGCUGCGGUGGACAGGAGUACAAGGACUGGGAGGUGAACAUGUAUCACAACUGCUCCGCCCGGGGGCCCUUGGCAUGUGGAGUCCCUUACACCUGCUGCUUCAGAAAGCCAAAUGAAGUUGCCAACACCCUCUGUGGAUACCAAGUGCUCAACAAAGAGCGACUUGACCUGCAGAAUAUUAUCUAUGUGCGGGGAUGCACUGAUGCAGUCUUCAUCUGGUUCAUGGACAACUAUAAAAUCAUGGCGGGACUGCUGCUUGGUAUUUUACUACCACAGUUCUUCGGCGUGAUCAUCAGCUGGCUGUACAUCACACGGGUCGAAGACGCUAUUAGCGAGUUUGGCCACUACCAGGACGGCCUGCUCGCUGAAAGCAGGGAAACCAAGAAGCAAGGCCGCCUGGCAAAAUGGUGCCGGUGUCUACCAGAGAUCGACUAAACCCCUGAGCUCCAGAAGAGAGGACAGCCGCUUCCCCUUCUUUAAGUGUUCUGGAGUCCUUUUCAAACCUUCAUUUGGGGACACUUUUUAUAUAUUGUUUUUUUUUAUUUGGGGACUCUGUGAAGGGGACAGAAUUUUAAUGCAGUGAAUCAGAAUAAAUCAUAAUUUAAUUUAAACUUCAUAUUGGCAUAAAAUACGGUGUGCUUAAUUAAGUUUCCUUAGAUAAUACUGAUUAUUAUUAGUUACAAUGCCUUUUCAUGUUCUGCAUUGAAUCAGGCCUUUAUUCACAUGUUCAGACCUUGUCAAAAGCUUCUGAACUUGGCUGCUUCCCAGGUUAUCCGUGUGCCACAUUUUUGAAAGGUUCAGUCUGAUUAGAAUGCACAUAAUCUGCAUUCUGCACAGUGUUUGAAAAGAGCAUUCAUAAUAUCAAUCAUAAUGACCCUGCCUAAACUUCAGAAGGAACCCGUGAAUUCGCUUUGGAGCAAACAUUGGUCUAAAUGGAGAGUAUCAAAGACCUAUACAAAAGGCAUUUAUUGUUGACAUUGCAAUCUCUCACCAGAAAUGGUUCAUUUUGAAGGUCUCUCAUAUAUA